UGACGUUUCCUUGCAUCUCAUUAUUCCCUACGCCUGUACCCAAUGUCAAAACGCUCCGCUACAGAACUGGUCCCCAAUGCCGAGAAUGAUGGACAGCCGUUUGAAAAAGCCUCCGGCAGUCGAAUAAAGCGUGGAAUGGCACACAACGACGAGAUGGGCGAAUUUGAAGAUGCCUGGGAGGAUGAGAUUGAAAGUGACGAAGAAGUGGUCAAUGAGGAACUAAACGAUGAUGAAAACGCGAUGGAAAUUGACGAGGAAGUCAUUCCUGCAGUCGAAGACUCAGAAGAGCAGCCUCCACCCGGCAAAGUUUUCAUACCCGGGUAUCAUACUCUAGAUGAAGACGAAAUAUUGGAAGCCGACGAAUCCGUAUAUCUUACGCGACACUCCAUGAGUGUGGAUUAUCCCAGUCUGUCGUUUGAUGUUCUACGAGAUAGCCUUGGCGACGAGAGGCAAAGCUUUCCGGCGACAGCUUACUUUGUAACUGGAGCUCAGGGAGAAACAAUGAAAAAAAACGAACUUCGAGUUUGCAAAUUGAGUUCGUUGCACAAAACACAGAAAAACGGCGACUCGGAUUCAGAGGAUGAAGAUGACGACGACGACGACGACAGACUUGAUGAAGAUCCAGUGCUUGAAUAUCGAUCUGUUCUUCACGUCGGCGGCGUUAACCGGAUACGAGCACAACCGCUUCCUUCCUCAACUGCUCUACCUCCCGUUUCUCAGCCCUAUCAUGUCGCAACGUGGGCAGAAACGGGUAAGGUGCACAUAUGGGAUGUCCGACCACUUAUCGAAUCGCUCGAUGUGCCCGGAUAUGCAGGGAAUAAAGACCGAACACAGUCCCCUGUUUUCACCGUAAAUUCUCAUGGUAGAGCAGAAGGGUUUGCAAUGGAUUGGGCUGCUUCGGGUCCUUCUUCGUUGCGCCUGUUGACCGGCGAUAUUCACUCCAAAAUUUAUUUGACAACAUCUACACCUUCUGGUUUCAAUGCUCUUUCACAGCCUUUUACAUCUCACACAUCGAGCGUCGAGGAUAUACAAUGGAGCCCUUCGGAGCCAACGGUGUUCGCGUCAUGCUCAGCUGACAAAACGAUCCAAGUUUGGGAUGUCCGAGGCAAAGGACGUCAAAGUGUCGCUAGCAUCGACGAAGCCCAUGACAGCGACGUGAAUGUGAUUAGCUGGAAUAAAUCAACGACUUAUCUUCUUCUCAGCGGCGGAGAUGAAGGUGGAAUCAAAGCCUGGGAUUUCCGCAACAUGAAGAAAAAGAGCACCACUGGCCCAGUUUCUGUGCCUAUUGCUUCAUUUAAUUGGCACAAGGCGCCCAUAACGUCUAUCGAAUGGCAUCCAACGGAGGAAUCUAUGUUCUUGGCAUCAUCUGCGGAUGACCAAGUCACCCUGUGGGACCUUGCUGUCGAGCAAGACGAUGAUGAAAUGGGAACCACUGAUUCUUCUGGCGAACACAAUGUACCGGCCCAGCUGCUAUUCUCUCACCAUCAACAAAAUGUAAAAGAGGCCCACUGGCAUCCUCAGAUACCGGGUUGGGUUAUCAGCACGGGCGCCAUUGGCUUUGAUGUGUACAAGACUAUCUCUGUUUAGUGAGUUUAGAACUAAGGGUAGUUGAUUAGAGCAGCAUAAGAAACGGCCUAAUAGAGUGCACGACUGUUGUUUGCCUUCGGGAC